AUGUCGUGGAAACUCACCAAGAAACUUAAGGAGACGCACCUGAGCCCUCUGGGCAGCUUCGGGCGCUCCACCUCCACCUCGACCAUCACCGACAAGGACGACAAGGCACAGUCUAGCAUCGCUGGCUCUGCAUCCCCUACACCGUCAGACAACAAUAUCGCCUCUUCGGAAGCCCUCACCCAGGCCCCCGUCAUAACGCCGCCCAAGCCCGGGAUUCUCGUCGUCACUAUACACGAAGGCAAAGACUUUGCAUUACCUGACCAGCACAAGAGUAUAUUCAGCAGUCACUCCAGCUCACUCUCUCAAGGAGGGGGCGCCAGUGUCGCCGGGUCCGUACGGCCCGGCUCUUCGCAACGAGCAGCGGGCUCCUACGUAAAUGGACACAGGCCCAACACGUCGGGCGGUUUUGGCAACGUGCCCACCAACCAUGGCCGUGUUUCUGGGAAGUACAUGCCCUACGCCCUACUCGACUUCGACAAGGUCCAGGUCUUUGUCAACUCCGUCGAGGGCAAUCCCGAGAACCCCCUGUGGGCGGGCUCCAACACCCAGUACAAGUUCGAUGUGUCAAGGGUGACUGAGCUCACCGUCCAUCUCUACAUCCGGAACCCGACCGCCCCGCCCGGCGCAGGACGAAGCCAGGACAUCUUCCUGGGUGUUGUCCGCAUCAACCCACGAUUCGAGGAGAAGCACCAGUUUACCGAAGACCCGAAGGCGAGCAAGAAGGACCGGGAGAAGGCAGCAAAUGAGUUCGCCGAGAAGGAGAGGACGUUGGGCCACAACGGUGUUCAGUGGGUGCCCGUGCAGUACGGACAGGGCCAGCUCAAGAUCGGUGUCGAAUAUGUCGAGAACCGGGCCGGCAAGCUGAAGAUCGAGGAUUUCGAGCUGUUGAAGGUGGUGGGCAAGGGCAGUUUCGGCAAGGUCAUGCAGGUGCGGAAGAAGGACACCAGCCGGAUCUAUGCCCUCAAGACGAUCCGAAAGGCGCACAUCAUCUCCAGGUCUGAGGUCACCCACACUCUCGCCGAGCGGUCCGUUCUCGCGCAGAUCAACAACCCCUUCAUCGUACCCCUCAAGUUCACCUUUCAAUCACCCGAGAAGCUGUACUUCGUACUGGCGUUCGUUAACGGAGGAGAACUGUUUCACCACCUGCAGAAGGAACAGCGUUUCGAUGUAAACCGGUCGAGGUUCUACACUGCCGAGCUGCUUUGCGCUCUCGAGUGCUUGCACGGCUUCAACGUCAUCUAUCGAGACCUGAAACCCGAGAAUAUCCUCCUGGACUACCAAGGGCACAUUGCGCUGUGCGACUUUGGCCUAUGCAAGUUGGACAUGAAGGACGAGGACCGUACCAACACCUUCUGCGGCACUCCCGAGUAUCUCGCCCCGGAGCUUCUGAUGGGUCAGGGCUACAACAAGACCGUGGACUGGUGGACUCUCGGUGUCUUGCUAUACGAGAUGUUGACAGGUCUACCCCCUUUCUACGACGAGAACACCAACGAGAUGUACAGGAAGAUCCUGUCAGAGCCGCUGCAUUUCCCCAGCCACGACGUCGUGCCACCAGCGGCCAAGGACCUGCUGACCAAGCUGCUGAACCGGAACCCAGCAGAGCGGCUGGGCGCCAAUGGGUCGGCUGAGAUCAAGGCUCACCCGUUCUUCCACGCCAUAGAUUGGCGGAAGCUGCUGCAGCGCAAGUACGAGCCGACCUUCAAACCCAAUGUGGCCGAUGCCUUGGACACGGCCAACUUUGAUCCCGAAUUCACAUCGGAGGCGCCGCAGGAUUCGGCUUUUCGUACAACCGGCCAAUCGCCGGCCUGGCCGAUGGGUGGCAGUGUCAAAGACCCCGGUUUCGCGGGCAGUCUGAACGACAGGUAG